AUGGUUGGUCCGCCAUAAUCUUUCGUGUGGGUCUGUGCUUGUGUGGUUUGGUUUUCUUACCGGUGCCAACCAUUAUUUUUAAUUAGUAGUAAGUUAUGCGUAUGAAUCCAGACAUGGACGAUGACGAGAAGGGAAAACUGUUUGUCGGUGGACUAUCAUGGGAAACGUCUCAGGAGAACCUGCAGCGCUACUUCUCCCGCUACGGGGACGUGAUCGACUGCGUGGUGAUGAAGAACAGCGAGUCUGGCCGCUCCAGGGGCUUCGGCUUCGUCACCUUCGCCGAGCCCACCCUUGUCAACGUGGUGCUCCAGAACGGGCCGCAUCAACUUGAUGGAAGGACCAUCGACCCGAAGCCGUGCAACCCGCGCACUCUGCAGAAGCCCAAGCGCGGUGGCGGCUACCCGAAGGUGUUCCUCGGCGGUCUGCCGUCCAACAUCACGGAGACCGACCUUCGCGUCUUCUUCGGCCGCUACGGCAAGGUCAUGGAGGUCGUGAUUAUGUACGACCAGGAGAAGAAGAAGUCUAGAGGCUUCGGCUUCCUCUCCUUCGAGGACGAGAUAUCCGUUGAAAGGGUGACCCAAGAACACUUCAUCAACCUCAACGGCAAACAGGUGGAGAUCAAGCGUGCGGAGCCUCGCGACGGCUCAGGCAAGCUGGGGUCCGGCGGCAGCGGAAUGGGUGGCGGCGGCAUGUCGGCACCGGGUGACGCGCCCGCUGCGGGACAGUGGGGGCCCCCGGCCGCGCCCAUCAACAUGAUCCAGGGCCACAACGGCCAGAUGGGCGGUCCGCCGAUCAACAUGCCUAUGGCCGGACCUAACAUCAUGCAAGGGUACCAAGGCUGGGGCACGUCCCCGGGGCAGACGUCGUACGCGGGCUACGGCGCGGCGGGCGCGGGCGCGGGCCCGGGCAACUACCAGGGCUGGGGCGCGCCGCCCGCGCCGCAGGCGCCGCCGCACGCGCCCGCCUGGCCCGCCACCAACAACUACACGCAGCACACGCAGCCGCCGGCGCAGGGCUACGGCAGCUACGCUAACUACAGCUCAGCACCGGCGGGCGCUUCGGCGGGAGGAAGCUGGACUAACUGGAAUAUGCCGCAGAAUUCCAACUCUACUGGCUCUGGGUCGUACGUGCCGCUGUCGGAGGGCGGCGAGAUGUACGGGCGCGGCGCGGGCGGCGGCGGCGGCGGCGCGCCCGCGCUGGGCGGCGCGCUGUCCUCGGCCGCGCUCAGCAAGUCCUCCAGCGCCGACUACAGCACCUACCAGCAGUACCCGCCCGCCUACCAGCAGGACCAGGGUUCGUCGUACGGCGGCGGCGGGUCACGCGCGUACGGCGGCGGCAGCGAGUACCACGGCUCGGCGCCCGCCGCGCAGCCGCCAGAGGGCGAUGGUGUGGGCAGUAACGCCGGUAGUCCUAAGUUCGUGACCGUGCCUCAAAUGACAGAGGCUAUCGGAACGCCACCACAGGUUCCUAUGAUGUACUGCGGCGGUAUGGUGUCUCCACAGCCGUCAUUUUGCAAUGUCUCCGACAUAUCUGCCUCCGCUUCAGGGGAUGACUAUGAAUACACUGGCGGGUCGGGCGACGGGUACCAACGGUCAUCAAAACGGAGCUACCACGGCGCGUCAUCGGGUGGUACCGCUUCCGCGUCUUCGUACCAUCCCUAUAGGCGUUAACGAGUGAUGUGGCGUCAACGGGCUCUACACGACUCCUGCGACCUGGUAAUGCGUUUACAAGUCGGCUGGGGUGUUCCACCGUGCCCCCGCCACAGUCAACUUUCAUAUUUAGUUUGACAAGAACCAAUCAGCAGGGAUACACGUGGAAUGCUUUCACUCUAGUUCCGGUUAAGAACGCGAUAUUUUUUUUUUGAUUUAGAGGAAUUUUAGAUGGGGAAGCAAAGAAUGUUCUUUUUGUACCGUUUUAGCUUCGCUCAUGUAUACUAUGGGGACAUUCUUUGUUAACUUGUGAGUCACAUUCCCGCACCUUUUGGAACGUCGACUUGUAAACAACUUGUAAAAUAAUAAUUAUUAUAUCUUUUUUCUAUGAACGCAAUCAUUAAGUUUGUAAAUGGUUUUUAGCGGACACGAGUCUAUAAGAAGCGUAUUUAUCAGUUGAUGAAAAUUAUUUUUUGAUAAAAUUUACUCUUGACAAAGUUUAUAAAAGCUUGUAGCUUAUCGACUUUUGUAUCGACUGGUAAUUAUUAUCAGACCCAAAAAAAGCGACGACACGUGAUCGACUUAUAGACGUUUUCUUAUAAACUUCUUUCCGAACGAUUAUAGGUUAGUAUUUUCUUUUAGACGUAUUGUGUAGUGUGGAUUGGGUUAAAUCCAGUGAGCGUUUUUUAACUGAAAAUUGUCAGUUGUAACAAAUUCUAUUGCAUAUUUUAAGAUGAUUGUUCAUGUUUUUGGAUGUCAUGAAUUUAGAUAAUAAAUAACUACGGGUCCGAUAAAAAAACUUGGAGUGAGUUAAAAUAAAUGGGAUAAAAUUGGUACUCCUUAUAUGAAAUGACGAAAAUGUCAUCUGUAUAUUGCAUCAACCUUGUUAUGCUCGGUCACAAAUUAUAAUAUUUCCGGCGGUUUCUGGAAACGGAACAGCCAGCGCUUUGCAACUAUUUUUUUUUUAAUCUAUUUACUCAUCACAAUUCAGAACUACUCACUCUAUAUUAUUCCCCUAUUACUGACUUAUUUGACUCAUAUUGAGGUUUAUCAAAAUUGACUUGUAUUUUUAUAGAAAAAAUAGUUAUAGUUUAAUGACAGGCAUACAAGGGUAAUAAAUAGCUGUUCAAAUCUAUUAUAUUGUGUAGUGUAAGUAAUUUCUCUUCUGAAAUCAUGUUCAAAGUAACAAACAGUUAGCACUCAUGAUGCAUUUUGAGAUGAAAUUCGAAUAUUGUAAAUGUGUGCAAGUUACUGAAUUUGCAUGGUAUUAAUUUGGAUUUGAAUUGUUUCCAUUUGUCAAGUAAAUACGCGUAACCUCCCGCCAAGAUGGCGUUCACUCGGACCUUUCACAUGGUCAUAUUCCAUUGUUCCUCUUGACACGUGUAUUUUUGUUUACUUACUUGAAUAAAAGUACUAAACAUUUUAA